UUUUUUAAUAAAUAAAUCAAUUUAUAUUUUUCAGGAAAAUUUCAUUUUGAACUUCGGAAGAUCGGAAUCUCAGUUAGGGUUAGCAGAGAAGAAGAAGAAUCAUGGAGGGUUGGGAUCCGAAUACCAAGUCGACGCUCACCCAAAUUCCUCUGCUAACGACGAAAGCUGGGCCGAGAGAUGGUGCGGCAUGGACGCAGAGGCUGAAGGAGGAGUACAAGGCAUUGAUCGCCUACACUCAGAUGAACAAGUCAAAUGAUAAUGACUGGUUUCGGAUCUCAGCUGCUAAUCCAGAAGGAACACGAUGGACCGGCAAGUGCUGGUACGUGCACAACCUUCUCAAGUACGAAUUCGAUCUUCAAUUCGAUAUUCCUAUCACGUAUCCAUCCACAGCGCCAGAGCUGGAGCUGCCGGAGCUCGAUGGAAAAACUCAGAAGAUGUACAGAGGAGGAAAGAUCUGCUUAACCAUUCAUUUCAAGCCUCUCUGGGCGAAAAACAGUCCUAGGUUUGGAAUUGCUCAUGCUCUUUGUUUGGGACUUGCACCGUGGCUCGCUGCUGAGGUUCCAAUUCUCGUUGAUUCUGGCAUGAUCAAGCACAAAGACAACACAACAUCGACCAGUGAAUCUUAACAUGUGUAUGAACUUGUCAUGGCUACAAAAGUGAACUUUUGACCUCAUAUAUUUCCCAAUGACUGGAAAAUAAACUUAUCAUCCCCCAAAUUUAACUGCGGAGGUUGCAGCCCUCCAGUUACAUUUACACAGUCAUAUAUUUACUGGGAGUCAGUUCAUAAAUGUUGAUGCAUCAGCUAAUCAUGGUCUGUUUACCUU